UGUGUUUGCUUUUGUUCAAUAUGUAAAGUAAUUUUAAUACAGUUUUAUUGUUUGCGUUUGUGAAGAGUUUUGUUUGAAUUUCUUCAUUAGUAGUUGUGCAAACUGUACACUUUGACCUGCCGCUCUGUCACUAGGGUGGAGUUUCAGCAAAUCCUCAGCCUCUGUUCUUCCACUCUCUCUUACUCUCUGCUUCUCUCCUCGUUACCUCAAAUGUAAAGCUUUGCUUUCUUUAGCAACUCCAAUGGCAUCUUACACAGUGGUCAUUGUCCCUCUCAGGAACAGGCUUACCAGUCUGGAUGCAGUGCAUUUCUUCCUCUGGGUGAAAAAACUGAAGGAUUUGGAGAGGGAAAAGGACCUUCUGUGGAUGGGACUACAGGCUUUAGAGCAGGUUCGAGAGAGGUUAUGCUCGAAGCUGGAAGACUAUUCCAGCAAAAAAGAGAUGAGAAAAGUACUUCAGGAGUUCCCAGACACCCCAACCCUGUUGUUGGCUCAGAUCCACAGAGUGAACAGGGCAUUGAGGAAUCUAUUGUGUAACUCCAGGAAUCCCACCAAUCCUGCUCAAGGCAGGCCUUCGAUAGAAGGUACUGAAGGACACCUGCCCUCUCCUGCCUGUUCAGAAGAAAGUGCUUGUUUUUGAUCAACUGUUUAUUCUGAUGUCCUGUACUGUAUUUUACAGUAAUACAGUAAUACUUCUUUGA